AUGCUGGAAGUUCACAUCCCGUCGGUGGGGCCCGAGGCCGAGGGCACCCGGCAGAACCCCGAGAAAGGCCACAUGGUGUUCCGAGUGGAGGUGCUGUACCGCGGGCGCAGACACGUCGUGCAGAGGCGCUACAGCGAGUUCCACGCGCUCCACAAGCGGAUCAAGAAACUGUACAAAGUGCCCGACUUCCCCUCGAAACGCCUGCCCAACUGGAGGACCCGAAGGUUGGAGCAGCGGCGGCAGGGCUUGGAAGCCUAUAUCCAGGGCAUCCUAUACUUGAACCAGGAUGUGCCCAAGGAACUACUGGAAUUCCUGAGUCUUCGGCACUGGUCCACAGACCCCAAGGCCAGCAACUGGGGCUCGCAGCUGUACCACCGGCCUGUCGUCAGCUUCCCCAUGGAUCCUUACAUUUGCAUCCCAUCCCCAGAACCUCUGCCCAAUAUGGUGGUGCUCGGCGUGCUUCAGGGCCUCUAUGGCUUCAGUGCCAGCACAGCUGAAGCCCAGCUGGAGGCCGCCUGUCACCCUGCUCCAAUGCCACCGACGCCCUGACCAGCGCAGAGGCUUUUAGGCCACCUGCCAGAACAGUCAUGUGCCUCAGUCCUCAAGCUGGGUCACCCUUGGCCUGGAUCCAGGACUCGCCAAUCUCCACCCCUCUGGGCUCAGAACUCAGCUGCACUGGUAUCUGAGGUAGUGGAAUCCUAUAACUUAGGGCCAGAGCAGGAACAGAGAGUUGGAAAUCAAGGGAGAAUUCCUUUAUAAUUUUCAUAGCCCACCAAUCUGCCUGCACUGCAGGAGACUCAGGUUUGGGAAGAUCCCCUGGAAAAGGAAAUGGCAACCCACUCAAGUACUGCCUAGAGAAUCCCAUGAUCAGAGGAGCCUGGUGGUCUACAGUCCAUGGGGUCG